AUGCCUCCGCAAAAUCAAAUCAAACAAGUCCAUCGAGUUGUGUAUCACUUUCAUGAAUCCGAUUUGAAAUCAGCAAAUCCACUUAUUCUUCAUGCAGCUCUCACUGCUUCCAUUCUCGACGUAUUCGGACAAUCCUCAAAUUCAAUCACGAAAUGGAUCCUUGAUAUCCAGACCAUCACGAUUGAGCUAUCUACAACACAUGGAAUCUUACCUACAAAGUCACCGAUCCGUCAGAUUCUUCCUGAAGAAGCUGCCACUCUCAAGAAAAUUCCUAGCUCAGCUACAACAACUUUCCGAUGGUUAGAGCUCGAUCCCGUCCUACAAUAUCUGAAUUGCUGUUCCUCGUGCUUUGCGAUGUACCCCGAGAAUCGAGCACCAUCUCACUGUCAUCAUUGUAUUGCAAAUAUCCCGGGUGGACCUUCCGAUUCUGUUGAUCCAAACGACAACACCCCUUCUCUUCCUUCAGAAGACAACGAGCCAGAAUUUUCAGACUCGAUAUGUGGCGAGCCUCUAUUCAAAUAUAUACGUGGUGUACAGAAGCCUGCUCGCCAUCUUCAAAAUGAUGAAGAGAAGCUACCACCGAUUAGUACUGUCGAGCUUCUGAAGCUUGUCGCUGAGCACUCAGAACCUUUACCCCGUGUUCGCAAUUCAACCGUACUUGAUUCAGAAAGAGACCCCGAAGGAUUGGAUCAAAAUCUCAACGAUAUUGAUAAGAAAGAACCAUGUGUAUGGCGCCGCCCAGAUGAGUGGGCCUUACUGAGCAAGAGCGACUCAAUUGGCUAUUCUCCUGUAGCCGCUCGUGCUCAAUUCUAUAAACAGGUUGAACACACUGACGGACUAAUUUCUACGUUCACUCAAAACCCCGAUAAUUGCUGCAUCUAUUUCAAGGACUCAAAAGGUUCUGAUUGCUUUGCUCGAGUAUAUUCAAUAUUUUCCCAUAGUAGGACUUCGGUACCAUCUGGAAUUGCUACUGAUACAUGGCUCCAUGUACAAUGCUUCCCCCAUUUACCACCCACGCAUCGUAAUCCUUUUGACUUGACUCACCCGUCAGAAGUACAGUGCGCAUUGAGAUUAUGGAGUUCUACCGAGCAGAAAAUAAUCAAGCUAAAUGAGGUGAUUGCUCAGUGUGUAUGGAUCAUGUUCAAACCAGGGGAGAUGGAUCAGAAUGUGGAUGUAUCUACAAUAGGCUUCAUUAUCUUAAAACACUAA